AUGUUGAUCUCAAAACUUUGUCUUGUUUUGUUUGCUGUGUUAUUGCAAAAUUUUUUUUGUAAAAUUACCGUUGAAAAUAAAAGUCCGACGACUUAUUCACUAUGUUUUAAUAAUAACGAUUAUUUAAAAAAAUCAAAUUUAACUAAAAUAUAUGAAAAUUCUUGUAAAUAUAAUAACUAUUAUGUUAAUACAAAGAAAAAACGCGAUGUAACCAGAAAUUUAUUCAUCAGUAAAUAUACCAAAAGUAAUGGACAUGGAUUAAUCGCCUCUUCAAAAAACGCUUUACUCGGCAAAAAUAAACCUGAAGUUGUGAUAGCUAUACUGGCUCCAAACACUACAAAACACAUUUUUCGGUUAAAUUUAGCGCAUAUUGCUGUUGAUUAUGCAAGAAACACGCACCCGUUGGCCAAGAAACUUUUCAACGAACAGUGCAAAUUGACCGUUAAACUGGCGGAUACAGACUGCAGCCAAAUUACCGCUCCCAUAUUGGCAUAUAAUUUCUAUAAAAAAGAUAAGAUCCACGUGCUGUUCGGUCCAGUUUGUGAGUACAGUCUCGCUCCCGUGGCUCGCUAUGCCAGGUACUGGAACCUCGCCGUCAUAACUCCUGGCGGGAUGAGUGGAUUUUUUGGAAGAGACAAAACUAAGGCCGAUCCAGAAUUUCCUCUCCUAACAAGAAUCGGCCCAACUUUUGAUGGCGUUGCAAAAUGUUUGCAUACGAUCAUGAAAGAAUUUCAUUGGGACAACGUAAUUAUGUUGGUUGAAUCAGACGGUGGAGCGCAUAUAACUCCGCGAUUAUGUAAUUUAGUUAUGACUGAUAUAGUUUUUUUAUUCACACAAGAAUCUAUUCGGUACGAAUUAUAUCAAAUUGAUGUCCCGGAACAUGUCCGCAACUAUAGUCAUAUUUUGGCUCGCGAAAUUGGAUUAGAGCAUUCUAUAAUCAUUCUAUGCGCCUCACCCGAGACCGUACGAGAGAUAAUGAUCAAAGCAGCCGAGAUGCACUUCAAUAACGGCGAAUACGUAUUUCUUAACGUCGAUCUAUUUACCAAUUACCUAAAUAACUCCCUGAAACCUUGGCACAAGAAAGGCGAAAGUGAAGAAAGAAAUUUGUUGGCAAAAAAAGGCUUUGAAACAUUAUUAACAAUCACAAUGAAAAAACCAGAAAGUAAUGAGUACAAAAUAUUUUCAAAAGAAAUUAAAAGGAAAGCACACGAGCAAUAUGGAGAGCCUCUGUUUGGGAAAGAAGAUGUCAACAGUUUUGUUGGUGCUUUCCAUGAUGCCGUUAUUUUAUAUGCCCUGGCUUUGAACGAAACACUAGCAGAGGGCAAGAACAUAUCAAACGGCAGCGAUAUCACCCGACGCAUGUGGAAUAGAACUUUUGAGGGUGUAUCUGGCACGGUUACAAUCGAUGGAAAUGGCGAUAGGAGUGUUGAUUAUUCUCUUCUUGAUAUGAACCCCGACACUGGAUUUUUUGAGGCAGUAGCAUUUUAUUUUGGUAAGAAAAAAAUUUAUGAACCAAUUGAGGGUCGCGAAAUUCACUGGACUGGAAAUUUAAAGGUACCUCCAACGGACACCCCAAAGUGUGGGUACAACAAUUUUGGAUGCCCUGUUAUAGUCCCGUUUCCGUCGACCGUUUACAUAGCGGCACUCUCAGGGCUGCUGUUCAUCUCCAUUCUACUAGCCACAUUUUUCAUUUUAAGACAUUACCGGUUAGAGACUGAACUGGCGGAAAUAAACUGGAGGAUAAAAUGGGAAGACAUCAUGUUUGGCGCUCCUGAAAAACGAAGAUUAGAUAAGAUCAACAGCCAAAUUAAUUUUGCCAAGAGAGAAUCAUUCGCAAGUUUAGUUUCAAUAGAUUCAAUGGUUGGUGUGUUGAACAAUCUUGGCUGCAAACAAAUCUUCAUCAAAACUGGUUACUAUAAAUCUACACUGGUUGCCAUAAAAAAAAUUGUGAACCCUAUAAACAUUACAAAGCCACUGUUGAUAGAAUUCAAAAGGAUGCGAGAUUUGCAAAACGACCACAUUGUCCGAUUCAUCGGCGUUUGCAUCGACCAUGGCAACAAAUGCAUCAUCACCGAGUUCUGCCAAAAAGGUAGUCUGCAGGAUGUUUUGGAAAACAGCCAAAUAAAGUUGGAUAACAUGUUCAAGUUUUCAUUAAUGCAAGAUAUAAUACGAGGCAUGUCAUACUUGCACAGUAGUGACAUUAAAUUCCACGGCAACCUCAAAAGUUCCAACUGUGUGGUCGACAGCAGAUUCGUCCUUAAGAUUACAGACUUCGGUUUGCAGAGUAUCAGGGAGCGAGCGUACAAGCAAGACUGUGAUAACUACAACUUUCAUAAAAGUAAAUUGUGGACCGCCCCGGAGUUAUUAAUCAACCCUGAAUUAACUUGUGUUGAAUCGCUACAAAAAUGUGAUGUCUACAGCUUUGCUAUCAUCUGCCACGAAAUCGUCUAUCGGAAGGGAGUCUUCUGGAUUGAGAAUGAAAAGUUCAACGCUAUAGAGAUUUGCCGUCGAGUGAAAAUGAGAUCGAAACCAAGCUGCAGGCCAACGCUCUCUGAUCUGCUCGAUAACGAAUCCUACAGCGAGGAUCUCAUUAAUAUCAUCAAGAAGUGCUGGAACGACGAACCGUUUGAAAGGCCGGACUUCCACACAUUGAAAUCCGUCAUUAAAAAAAUAAACAAGGAGGGAAACACGGGAGGGAACUUACUGGACAACCUGUUGUCCCGAAUGGAGCAGUAUGCUUGCAAUUUGGAAGGGCUCGUUGAAGAGAAAACAUCCGACUACUUGAAGCAGAAGAAGAGAGCUGAAGAUCUGCUAUACAUGAUGCUGCCCAGGUCAGUAGCUGAGCAGUUGAUGGAAGGCAAAGCCGUGGAAGCUGUCAAAUUUGAAAGCGUCACAAUCUACUUCAGCGACAUCUGUGGCUUCACGCAGCUCUCCGCCGAAAGUUCGCCGAUGGAGGUUGUGGAUUUACUGAAUGACCUGUACACAACAUUCGACACGAUCAUCGAGAUGCUGGAUGUAUACAAAGUAGAAACAAUAGGAGAUGCAUACAUGGUUGUGUCCGGAUUGCCGCAACCUAACGGCAACUUACACGCCAGGGAAAUAUCAAGGAUGGCGUUGAAACUCCUGGUUGCAGUUAGAAGUUUCAAAAUUAGACAUCGUCCGAAAGACCAAUUGAAUUUAAGGAUUGGAAUACAUUCAGGUCCCGUGUGCGCCGGCAUAGUUGGCAGGAAGAUGCCGAGAUACUGCUUGUUUGGAGAUACAGUCAACACUGCAUCCAGGAUGGAGUCCAACGGAGAACCUUUGAAGAUACACGUCAGUCCAGAUACAAAAAAGUUAUUGGAUACUUUUGGAACCUUUCAGUUGAAGCUGCGUGGAUCUGUAACAAUGAAGGGCAAAGGUGAUAUAACGACGUGGUGGCUACUGGGCGAAAACACGAACGAUUAUCCAGAACUGGCUUCUAAAGAUGUCAUUUUAAAUAAGUGAUGUCCUGUCACAAACUCGCUUCAUUACCAUCAUAGAAAAUAUUUUUUAGGCAAAAUUAUCAUCGAAAGAUUUUAGCAAUAAAAUGUUGUGAAUUUUUUUAAUUUUUGUUGCUGUCAGUCAGUAAAUAUUUUUACAAUUUUU